AUGCCACAAAUGAAGACAACUCCCAGAAAGGAGCGGAAAUGUCCAAUGUGCAAGUUUAAGAGUUUUGAUAUGGAUGAAAUCACAAAGCACAUUACAGAAUGUGGGUUAAAGCAGCUCAAUAAGAGAUAUAGUUGUGAUCGACAAGAUUGUGAAUUUGCCACGAACAAGAUGGGGAACCUUACUAGACAUAAGAAAAGGCAUGCUGAGCUGGACCAGCAAGUUUCCCCGAAAGCAAUAUCCACUACCACUACAGAUAAGCAGGAUCAGACGAUGAAAAGCGUCGUGGUUGUAGAUGAAGAGAAAAGAAAAGAAACAGAUGUGGAUGAAGAAGAUUCGGACAGUGAAUGGAAAGACGCAGACCCUGGCAAUCUUCACAACAUUAUUGGUGAUGUCUCCGAGACAGAAAGUGAGAAAGAAGUUCAGCACAAAGAGAAAGAUCAGGAAGAAGUACAUAUUGGAAGGAUCUAUAGAAAACCUACUGUGCCAUUACCAAUUUUCGCUCCAAAGCGUAAAGAACCAUUUGUAUCUUCUUCUGGGGUUCCCGCACGCCCGAAGAUUUGCAGACCUUCUAGUUUAUUCAGUACUUCGGCAACGCAGACAGAGAAGAAAGUACGAAGAGUUGAGUGGACAAUCACCAAGUGGAAGGAAGGAGACAAGGAGAUCGAGCACAUUGUCAUGAUCGAAGAAGAGUAA